ACCACGUGGGAUGGAAGUGGUGGAGGUUACGAGAAUUGUUUUUGAUUAUUGUGGAGUGAAAAUGACGAUUGUGGAAUAUUUUCAAACAUUGACGGAUAAUCCGUAUUUUGGGGCUGGUUUUGGACUGGCUGGACUGGGGGUUGGAGCUGCUGUACUUCGGAAAAGCAGUCAAUUUGCUAUGGUUUUGUUUAGGCGUCAUUAUAUGAUAACCCUCGAGGUACCGUGCAGGGAUAAAAGUUAUCAAUGGCUUUUACAAUGGAUAACGCACAAAGGUGCUAAAAAAACCCAGCACUUGUCCGUGGAAACUAGUUUUGAGUUAAAAGACACUGGAAGUGUCAACACGAAAUACGAAUUCAUCCCAAGCAUUGGAACUCACUUCUUCAGAUAUAAAGGCAACUGGAUAAGAGUUGAGAGGACCAGAGAGCAGCAGACACUCGACCUCCACAUGGGAAUUCCCUGGGAGACUGUCGUCCUGACUGCUUUUGGGAAUGAUAGGAGUAUUUAUUUCGACAUUCUUGAAGAAGCCCGACAAAUGGCUCUGAAAGAACACGAGGGCAAGACGAUAAUGUACACAGCGAUGGGAAGCGAGUGGAGGCAAUUUGGACAUCCGAGGAAAAAGAGACCGAUUGAAUCAGUGGUUUUGGAUCAGGGAAUUGCAGAGAGAAUCGUCAAGGAUUGCAGGGAAUUCAUUGAGAAUCCUGGGUGGUACAGUGAUCGAGGUAUUCCUUAUAGACGUGGGUAUCUUCUCCAUGGCCCUCCGGGCUGUGGAAAAUCCUCGUUCAUCACAGCUUUAGCUGCAGAAUUAGAACGAGGUAUUUGCGUUCUGAAUUUAUCGGAAAGAGGACUCACUGAUGAUCGGUUAAAUCAUCUUCUAGCUGUUGCUCCACAGCAGACGAUUAUAUUACUUGAGGAUGUUGAUGCUGCCUUCAGUAGUCGAGAAGAAACCAAAGAAAUGAAAGCUGCAUUCGAUGGACUCAACCGAGUCACAUUCAGUGGAUUAUUAAAUUGUCUCGAUGGAGUUGCCUCCACUGAAGCUCGAAUUUUAUUCAUGACAACGAACUAUUUAGAGAGAUUGGACCCCGCCCUGGUGAGACCAGGAAGAGUCGAUGUUAAAGAAUACAUCGGCUGGUGCAGUGCAAUUCAGCUGGAGCAAAUGUUCCUCAGGUUUUACCGAGGCCCAGAGGGUACGAAUCCUCAGGCCCUAGCGAAACAAUUUGCAGAGGGUGUAAUGAGUUUUAACAAAAACGUGAGUCCCGCCCAGAUUCAGGGAUUCUUCAUGUUCCAUAAGAAUUCCCCUGAUCAGGUGCUCAACAAUGUCGCCCAGAUUUGGGAGCUCACCUAAUUAUUUUGUACUCGUAGUCGAAAUAAUACAGUGAAUACAACUUUUUAAA